AUGACGAUGUACUUUAUCAUUCUUCUUUGUAUAGUUCUGAGUACGACAUCAGCAACGAACUUUCGUCAAACCAGAGCCAAGCGAAGACCAGAUUUUGAAGACAAAAUAAAAGAGUCAAGUUUGCUAUUAGCAUCCGAUACAGCCUCAGUGACUGCAUGUAGUUUGUUGUGUAUGGGCGAUAUUCGAUGUGUUUCGUAUUUCUAUGUUCGCACCACUAGACUCUGUCAGUUGCAUUCUAUAGUCUUCUAUAGUCAACAGUUGACGACGGCGUCUCCGGAAACGUCUUAUUAUCAACUUUACGAAGAUUGGUGUUUACCUGGGGAUCAACACAACCUGUAUCGUCAAGAAGAUUCGUGUUAUAAAUACUACAACCUCACAUAUUACCUAGACUAUGAACAAUCCAUAGACCUCUGUCUUUACUAUUCGGCGACUAUGUUGAUGGUCAAAACCGAAGAGAAGUACAACCACAUCAAGAACUAUCUACUGGAUGAACAGCAUGGUACAUACGCUUGGGACCAAUUUUUUAUCGCAGCCCGAAAUGAUACCGGCACGUUAUUAUGGUCUGAUAAUACCCCAGUGGACUUCACUGACUUUGCAUCCGGUGAGCCAAGCAGCAAUGAUGAGAUGUGCGUAACGCUACAUGAGAUAUUUUCUUUUAAAUGGAAUGACGUCGAUUGUAACUAUGAUUGUCGGGUUAUUUGUGAAAAAUUCAAGCCUAAAGAUGACUAA